GGAUGCUCCGGGGCUGGCUCUUCGCUUUCUCUCCUGCCCGGAGCUCGCAGGGGCUUGCCUGAAGGAUGUCUCACCCCCUCAGCACAGGUGUCACUGCUGGGAGGAAGCUUGCGUGGCCGCCCGCUGCGGUGAGCUCAGAGCAUGCUGCUGGGGGUCAGCCCCAGGCGGUUUCUGGAGCACCAUCUUCUCUUUGUGGAGAACGCAGAGCAGCAGCACCCGGCUCAGAAAUCCCUCCUGCCUCCAUUCAUGACUGAGGAACCCUCCGUGCCAGCCGAGCCAGACCUGCCCACCUCCAACCUCACCAACGCGACGGACUGCGGCGAGGAGAUCUUGCUCUAUGGGGACACGGAGAAGGUUGUCAUCGGCGUGGUGCUCUCCAUCAUCAUCCUCAUGACCGUUGCUGGCAACCUGCUGGUCAUCAUCUCCGUGUGCAUCGUCAAGAAGCUCCGGCAGCCUUCCAACUACCUGGUGGUGUCCCUCGCAGCUGCCGACCUGUCGGUGGCCUUUGCUGUCAUGCCCUUUGUGACCAUCACAGACCUGCUCGGGGGAGAGUGGCUCUUUGGGAAGGUUUUCUGCAAUGUGUUCAUUGCCAUGGAUGUUAUGUGCUGCACGGCCUCCAUCAUGACCUUGUGCAUCAUCAGCGUGGACAGGUACCUGGGGAUCACUCGGCCGCUGACGUACCCUGUGAGACAGAAUGGGAAGCUGAUGGCCAAGAUGGUCUUCAUCGUUUGGCUCCUCUCUGCCUCCAUCACGCUUCCUCCGCUGUUUGGCUGGGCCAAGAACGUCACCGUGGAAAGAGUCUGUCUCAUCAGCCAGGACUUUGGGUACACAGUCUACUCCACAGGGGUUGCCUUCUACAUCCCCAUGGCAGUCAUGCUGGUCAUGUACAGCCGGAUCUACAAAGCCGCCAAGGACAGCGCCGAGAAGCACCGCUUCAUGAACCUCCCCCGGCACUACGAGGAGGAGGAGGGAGUCUACUGCCUGGAGACGGCCAGCCGCGGGCAGCGCAGCUCCAGGCGUGCCAAAGCGGCCGAGGAAUGCGCCACGCUCUCCAAGCUGCUCCGGCAAGAGCGGAAGAACAUUUCCAUCUUCAAACGGGAGCAGAAGGCAGCCAGGACCCUCGGCAUCAUCGUGGGGGCCUUCACAUUUUGCUGGCUUCCCUUCUUCCUGAUGUCGACGGCUCGGCCGUUCAUCUGCGGCAUCCACUGCAGCUGCCUGCCCCUGCGGCUGGAGAGGACUCUGCUCUGGCUGGGGUACACCAACUCCCUCAUCAACCCCUUGAUCUAUGCUUUCUUUAACCGAGACUUGAGGACUACUUUCUGGAACCUCCUGCGGUGCAGGUACAGGAACAUCAACAGGAGGCUCUCCGCCGCCAGCAUGCACGAGGCCCUGAAAGCCACCGAGAGGCACGAGUGCAUCCUGUAGAGCAGUCCUCCUGCCCAGUGCCUGACCCCUCCAUUUCAGGUUCCUCGCUUCUCUUGCCUCUCACAGCUGGCAAGAGCCAUGCGUGCCAGUGUCUCCCCUGCCAGCCACUGCUGUCGAGAGUGACACCCCUUCCUCUCACCCCAGGAGGAGCUGCUUUUCUUCUGGCCUUGGGAACAAGUGGGCAGCUCUUCCUUCUCACCAGGUCCUAGGUGAGAGCUGAAGAACAAACAAGACCAGGGGAGAUUCAAAGUUUACCACCAACUGUGGGCAAGUCACCUUUCUGUGCCUCAGUUUCCUCUUCCAUUAAAAAAAAAACCAAAACAAACCAACAACAAAAAAGAGAAAGAAAGGACAAGAAACCCUCCCCAGCAACCAAACCAAACCUACAAACUUGGUAAGACUGUGGCUCCUCCACCUUCACAAAGGGCUCAAGGGUCUCUGAAGGGCACACAACAUCCUAUGUAAAGAUGAUGUUGGCUGCACUUCUCUAAUGGAAUAUGACAGCAGCUGCAGGCUCUGUUGUAGGCCCAAGCACUCAUGCCCUCCCAGCUUGUAUGAACUCUUCCCACCAGUGUAACUGCACAGUGCACACUGAGCUUAUGCCCAGGUUUGCAUGUCAGAGCAGUGCCACCACUGGCCCCUUCCCUCUCACACUGUAGCACUGGGACAAGGCACCCUUGCAGAAGGCAAGGCAGCUGAACAUGAAGGUUCCCUUAUGGCUGCAUAGGGAAGCCAUCAGCAUCUUCAUCACGGCAGUGACCAGUGGGCAAAGACUGCUCUGUUUGUUUGGUCAUGCUGCAAUUCCUUCUCAGACAAGUGCUGUGUGUUCAUGAUUUGUGGCUCAUCAACUCCAUAAAAGCACGCUUCGGUUGGCAACACAAAAAGGUACAGAGUUUCUCUGGCAGUGCCCAGCAAGCUCCAGCAAAUGCACUAAAUGAUGUGACUCUACCUCUCUGCUCUGCUUUGGUGAGACACCGUCUGGAGUAUUGUGUCCAGCUCUGGAGCCUCCAACACAAGGACAUGGAUCUGGCAGAGAGGAUCUAGAGGAUGAUCAAAGGGUUGGAGCACCUCUGAUGGUCUGUUCCGUCCAGAGAAGAGAAGGCUCUGAGGAGACCUUACAGAGGCCUUCGAGUACCUGAAGAGGGCUACAAGAGAGCUGGAAAGGACUUUUCAUAAGAGUCUGUGGCAAUAGAACAAAGGACAGUGGCUUUAAACUAGAUCAGGGCAGAUUUAGGUUGGACAUUAGGAAGAAGCUCUUCACUGUGAGGGUGGUGAGACACUGGAACAGGCUGCCCAGAGUUGUGGAUACCUCAUCCCUGAAAGUGUUUAAAACCAGGCUGGAUGAGGAUUAGAACAACCCAGAAUCAUAGAACAGACAGGACUGGAGGGACCUCAAGGAUCAUCUCAUUCCAACCCCCCCUCACACUAGAUCUAAGGGGAUGUGUCCCUGCCCAUAGCCAGGGGGGUAGAACGAGAUGAUCUUUAGGGUACCUUCCAACUCAAGCCAUUCUGCAAUGUUAAGCUGUCAAAGAAAAGCUUUGUUCCUAGAAACAGUUCCCAAAAUUUGCAUCCCCAACUAUUUAAACACGAGAGCUUGACUGAAACAAAGAGUUCUGCUCAAAAAAAAAAAAAAAACAAAAAACAAUGAGGUAGCUGCAGGAUUUUUGCAGUAGUUAUUCACAGAAUAGAAUCAUAGAAUCAACCAGGUUGGAAGAGACCUCCAAGAUCAUCCAGUCCAACCUAUCCCCCAGCCCUGUCCAGUCAACUAGACCAUGGCACUAAGUGCCUCAUCCAGUCUUUUCUUGAACACCUCCAGGGACAGUGACUCCACCACCUCCCUGGGCAGCCCAUUCCAAUGGCAAAUCACUUCAGAGUGUUUGGCUCAUUAAUUCAUCCCGGUCACUGUGGAUAUAGUGCGUAGUGGGAGGGAUAGCAGGCAGGAAGUGGCAUUUAGGGUGGUGACUCCACCAUCUCCCUGAGCAGCCCAUAUUGUCUCAAGCUGUGAGACAUCAGCAGUUUGCCCUCUUGGUUUUUAACUCCCCAAGAUUAAAUUGUGUUUGGGUUACAUAGAAUGUGCAUCCAAAACCACCAAGGACUUUUCCACACUAGAGUGAGCACCAACUACUUUGUUCAGCCAGUCAAGAUCCUUGUAGAUGAGGCACUAAAUCAUGUAGAAAAUGCUCUGUGGGACUUGGUCCUGUGUUUGUUUGGUUUUUUUUUCUCUCAGACAGGAAUAAAUGCAUCUGGCAUCUGCCGAAAAGAGAAGUGAAAGGUUUAAAAUAGAUCCGAGCCCUUCUGAAAGUGAUUUCGGUGAGCACGCACGUGCCGAACCGGGCAGUGUGAGACUGGAGAGAAAUAGGCUUUGCAGAGUCCCAUUCUCUGAGGUCGUGGAGAAAAGCAGCAACUCAAGAGGACAAGAGGAGUUUGGGUGGGCAAUGAAGAGUCCCAGCAGGCUGGCGGCAACGCAGCAGAAAAGAGCAGGGAGCCUCAGGCAGAGAAAAUGGAAGUAACUCAGCCGUAAAAUGAGGAGGUCUCAGGAGGUUGGCUGUUAAUUCCACUCUGAGUGCAGGGGAAAUAUAAACAGAAACACGGGCAGAGGAGAUGUGGGGAGGGAAGGUGGUUCUGACAAAUCGCUUUAGCUGCCCCAGCUAGAGUUGGGAAGGUUUUGGUAACCACCUUCAGCAAUGCCAGGCAAGAUCAGCCAGAGCUGUAACAGACAGCCCAAGGCAGCAGAGCCUGCACGUCUCUUCCCGAAGAGCAGGAAGCCCUCCCAAGCUGUGCUGGCAGCACUUUGUGGGUGGGUUUGGCUGUCAGAGAUGAGUGCUGGAGAUCUGCAUGGACAGCUCAGCCAGUGUGCUGUGCUCUUCACCUCCACUCAGAUCCUGCCACCUCCUGCUGACAAUGUAAUCAUAGCACCACAGAACUGUUUUGGGUGGAAAAGAUCUUCACAGUCACCAUGUCCAAUCACUAACCCAGCACUGGCAGGUCGCCACCACCAUAUCCCUCAGCUUUAAAAUCCAUCCAGGGAUGGGGACUCCACUACUGCCCUGGGUUUGAUAAUCCUUUGGGGGAAAAAAAUCAUUCCUCUUCUUCAUCCUAAACCUCCUCUGACACAACCUGAGCUCUUAUCAAUGGUCAUGCCCCUGCACUCUGCAGUGGGGAGGGCACACCUCAAAUACCAUGCUCAGUUUUAGCACCUUCGCUCCAAGAAGGGCAUUGAGGUGCUGCAGUGUGUCCAGAGAAUUGUACCAAAGUUGGUGAAGGAUCUGGAGCAGAAGUCUUCUGAGGAGCAGCUGAGGGACCUGAGAGUGCUCAGUUUGGAGGAAAGGAGUUGAGGGGAGACCUUCUGGCUCUCUGCAACUUCUUGAGAGUAGGGUGAAGCCAGGUAGGAGUUGAUCUCUUCUCCCCAGGAACAAGUGAUAGGAUAAGAGGAAAUGGCAUCAAGAUGCACCAGGGGAGGCUUAGGUUGGACAUCAGAAAAAAAUUUCUCCACUGAAAGCAUUGUGGAGUCCACAUCCCUGGAGGUCUUUAGAAGCCAUAUAGGUGGCUUCUGGACAUGGUUUAGUGCUGGGUGGAUGGUUGGACUUGGUGCUCUGAAAGGUCUUUUCCAACCAAAACAACUAUGAUUCUCCAACAGCCUUGGCAAGGAGGUGCCUUGGCAAGACUACUAGAACAAAGACAGUCUGGAUCUUCUUCCUUCCCACCCUCUGCUGCUUUCAAAGCAUCCAACCAUUUUUAGCUCAGGAAAUUCCCUGCUUAGACAUGGUUUCUGUGCAAGCUUCAGUGUAACCCCCUGCUUUUCCAUAGACAAUGCCAGAUCUUCCAUCUGGGGCUGUAUAUUCCCAUGCGACAGUCCAGGCUGGGGCACCUGCCACAGCAAGAUGCCUUGGGCACUGCUGAGUCUGGCAAGGAGAAGACAAAUGGGAAGGCUAAUGGCAGUCAACAAGUACUUUGAGAGGGAUUGGAGGGAAGAUAGAGGCAGACUCACCCAGGGGGAGAAUAAGAAGAAUCCUUGGCUCAAGCCUUGGCUGGGCUGGACCUUGAGCCACCUGCCCUACCUCUGAAGCUGCCUUUGCUUCAGGCAUGGUAUCGCUUCACAGGUCUCCAGGUCUCCCUUCCCAAUUCAGUAUUCUGUGAUUUGGAUGAUUUGUCUGGUUUCCACUCAGACUCAUGUAAAUAUUUGUCAUCUGCAUUCUUUGGCAAGAUGAUCUACAGAUCUCCUACCUGCCAUGUGAAGAUGUUCCUUCUAUUUUGAACCCCUAGUAGCAUUUAAGCUGCAUGACUCACUACAGUGAAAGGCAGCCACGCAACACUUGCCACCCAGCUUCUUAUGUAAGAAAUGGUUUCCCUUUGUUUGUUUUAUUGCCAUUUUAAUCUGGACACCAUGAAA